AUGUCGAACAGACAUAUAUCAAACCCCGAGGAAGACGGGUGGGAAAAAAGCGACUUCCCAGUCGUGUGCGACGAUUGUCUCGGCCCGAACCCGUACGUGAGAAUGCAGAAAGAAAAUUACGGCGCGGAGUGCGCCAUCUCGGGAAGACCGUUCACGGUGUUCCGAUGGCGACCAGGACACGACGCGAGGUAUAAGAAAACAGUCGUGUGCAAAGAAAUCGCGUUGGCGAAGAACGUCUGCCAAGUGUGCUUGUUAGAUUUGGAAUUUGGGAUUCCAGUGCAAGCGAGAGAUGCGGCGUUGGGGGCGAUUUCAGAUAUGGCGGUGCCGAAAAGCGCGGUGAACGUGGAAUACGUGACGAAACAGAUCGAGGAGAAACUGGAGGAAGAUGCUACCGCAGACGUGACUGGGAUGUUAGGUGGAGUCGCCGGGAACGCGGAGGACGAUUCGGUGGGAGGGAAAGCGGCGAUCGUGAAGGACGCGAUGGAACAGUUGACGCGGAUGGCGAGGAAGAAGCCGUAUUAUCAAAAGAAUAAGGCGCCGAUUUGUACGUUUUGGUUGAAAGACGCGUGCACGCGAGCGGAUUGUCCGUUUCGACCGUGCAACGGGGACACGCACAUGCCAGAGUUAUCCGCGAAUGCAAAGUUUAGGAAGCAGAAUAUUAAGGAUCGGUAUUACGGGACGAACGAUCCAGUCGCCGAGGCGAUGUUGGAAAGAGACCGAGAGAAGAAACCGAGUUGGCAAGCGCCGGAGGAUCAAACGAUCAAGACGUUUUAUAUCAGCGGUGUAGACGGGGAGAACGUGCAAGAGGGAGAUUUGAGAGCCGCGUUUUGUACGUAUGGGGCUUUGAAGAAAGUACACGUGAUGAAAGAAAAGAAGUGCGCGUUUGUGACGUUCGCGGAGAGAGAAGAGGCCGAGGAAGCGGCGAAGCAAAAAUGCGGCGCGCUCGGAUUUGAAAUCAACGGCGUGAAAAUGAAGUGCAUGUGGGGAAAGUCAAAAAGCGAGAGUAAGAAGAAAAAGCAAGCAGGUGGAGAGGAAGGCAAAGAAAAAAAGAAGGAGAAUUUAACAGACGUAGAAAAACUAGAACAGAUGCCGUUACCGACUGGAGGCGCGAAGAAGAAAUACGCGAGUAUGGACGCGAACGCGAUGGGCGCCGCGGCGAAGUAA